CUCGUCCGCAGGAAAUGGCAAAAAGGGUCAAGGAAAAUAAAGCAGCAAGACGAUUCGGUUAAACCUUUAUUGUUGUGUUUGUUCUCACUUUAGUACAGAUGGUUACAUCUUAUAGAAAAAUAGUGAAAAAGAAUUAUUAUUGGCGUCGGCAUUAACUCGUCCUCGUAUUACUUUUGAAGCUAGCUUAGCAUGCUAGCUGCUAACAAACAGACGCGGAAGUGAUCAACAUCGCUGACCAGAGACCGAGUGUGAGUGUAAAGUGGGAUCGUGUGAAAAUGUGUCAAGUCCAAAUGCUGAGAGCGUUGGUGAAUCAGCGACUAACUGCGGCUGUUGAAGAAAUAUUUGUAGUGUUGGAAAGAACCAUAGCAGAGUACGAGGAGGAACUUUCUCGAACAAAAGAGGAGAACGAGCGACAACGUCAACUACUGGACGCCGUUUUCAGGCCUGGAAUGGCGCCACACAGAACAGACGCCAAUGAAGGACAUCUUCCCCCUGAGCAGCAGGAGUGGAGCUCCAAGGUGCAGCGGGAGGGGCCACUGCCCCCUGGCAAUGAAGAGAAAGCGCCACAGGUCUCCCACAUUAAAGAAGAAGAGGAAGAGCACGGCGUCACUCAUGAGGAGCUGGAGUUCCCAGCGAUCGGUGUCAUUGUGAAGAGUGAAGAUGAUGAAGACGACGGUGAAGGUGAGGAGAAGAGAGAGGCGGAGCCUCCAACAGAAGCUGAUGGAGACCACUGUGGAGGAUCACCAGCAGACAAGCUCUUAGCUCCACUAUCAGAUAGUGAGCACACGACGUCACACUCUCCUGACACUGAUGAUGAUGAUGAUGAAGACUCUACAGCUGAUAUGACAUGUCACCCUGACAACACACGCUUGAAAUGCCACCACUGUGACAAGAGCUUUGUUACCAAGGGAAAUCUGACACGACACAUGAGAAAUCACACAGGAGAGAAACCAUUCACCUGCACACUUUGUGGUAAAAGGUUCCCUCAGAAGGUUCAUUUGACAGCACACACACGAACACACACCGGAGAGAAACACAACUUCUGUUCCAUCUGUAACACACAUUUGUGUGAUAGUUCAGCAUUGGAUCAGCACAUGAGAAAACUCCACGGGGAGAAGCCUUCGAAGCCUUCGACUUCCUCCGUCUGUGGUAUAAGUUUUACACAAAAUUCAGAUUUGAAAAGACACAUGAGGACGCACGCUGGGAAGAAACCUUUUACCUGCUCCGUGUGCGGUAUAGGAUUGGCUCAGAAGUCACAUUUGACAGCACACAUGAGAAGACAUACUGGAGAGAAACCUUUCACAUGCUCAUACUGCGGUGUGGGAUUUGCUCAAAAGUCGUGUUUGACAAAACAUACAAGAAAACACACCGGAGAAAAACCAUAUUCCUGUUCGGUCUGCAACAGAAGCUUUUGUGACCGAACAACACUCGUCACACACAUGAGGAGACACACGGGAGAGAAACUGUUCGGUUGUGCUGUGUGUGCGGAAAGGUUCUCCUAUAAGUACCAGCUGAACAACCACAGGUGUGCUGCUGAGAAGAGCAGCAGUCAGUGAAGCUGAACCACUUGGACGGUCAAAUAAUAAUUCUGUAACAGCGUCGCCAUGUAUGACUUGUUGUUGUGUGUCUAACACAAUUUGUUGGCAUGCUUCUACGUUUAAGUGUAAUAAAAAAACUGCUGUGUCAGGGUG